AUGUAUCUAGCUAUAAUAAUUUUACCACUAUUAGGGUCAAUAGCUUCUGGUUUUUUUGGUAGAAAAAUCGGAGUAUCAGGGGCACAAAUAAUUACAUGUACAGCUGUUGUAACAACAACAAUCUUGGCUGUAUUAGCUUUCUUUGAAGUUGGAUUAAACAAUAUACCUGUAUCAAUAGAGGUAUGUAGAUGAAUUGAUUCUGAAUCGUUAAAUGUAUCUUGAGCAUUUCAUUUUGAUUCACUAACAGUUUCUAUGCUUAUACCUGUGCUAAUAGUUUCUUCUUUAGUGCAUAUCUAUUCGAUAGGGUAUAUGAGUGAAGAUCCUCGGGAUAAAUUUUAUUUUAUGCAUAACCAAAGGUUCUUUAGCUAUUUAAGCUUGUUCACAUUUAUGAUGGUUAUAUUAGUUACAGCAAAUAACUUUUUAUUAAUGUUUGUAGGUUGAGAAGGUGUUGGGGUUUGUUCAUAUCUUUUAGUUUGUUUCUGAUAUUCUAGAAUUGCAGCAAAUCAAAGCUCUUUAUCUGCAUUUUUAACAAAUAGAGUAGGUGAUUGUUUCUUAACUAUAGGUAUGUUUGCUAUAUUAUUAGCGUUUGGAAAUUUAGAUUAUGCAACUGUAUUCUCAUUAGCUCCUUACAUGAAUGAAAAUGUUGUAACUAUUGUAGGUAUAUGUUUAUUAAUUGGAGCUAUGGCUAAAAGUUCUCAAAUAGGACUUCACGUAUGACUACCUAUGGCGAUGGAGGGUCCUACACCCGUGAGUGCACUAAUACACGCUGCCACUAUGGUUACAGCUGGUGUGUAUUUAUUAAUGCGUUCAUCUCCUUUAAUAGAAUAUAGUUCAACAGUGCUAAUGUUAUGUCUAUGAUUAGGUGCAAUUACAACUGUAUUUAGUUCUUUAAUAGGUUUAUUCCAACAAGAUAUUAAAAAAGUUAUUGCUUAUUCUACAAUGAGCCAACUUGGGAUGAUGGUUAUAGCUGUAGGUUUAUCUUCUUAUAAUAUAGCUUUAUUUCAUUUGGUGAACCAUGCGUUCUAUAAAGCACUUUUAUUUUUAGGAGCUGGUGCAGUAAUUCAUGCUGUAGCUGAUAAUCAAGACUUUAGAAAAUACGGUGGGUUGAGACCAUUUUUACCACUUACUUAUUCUGUAAUGCUUAUAGCUUCUUUAAGUUUAGUAGCCUUUCCUUUUAUGACAGGGUUCUAUUCAAAAGAUUUUAUACUUGAAUCUGCUUACGGACAAUAUUAUUUCUCUAGUACUGUUGUUUACAUAAUAGCUACAAUAGGAGCAAUGUUUACUACAUUAUACUCUGUAAAAGUAUUGUAUUUAACAUUCUUAACUAAUCCUAAUGGACCUUUAAUCAAUUAUAAAAACGCACAUGAAGGUGAUAUCUUUAUGAGCUUACCUUUAAUGAUUUUAGCUGUAUUCUCUAUAUUCUUUGGAUUUAUAACAAAGGAUAUGUUUAUAGGAUUAGGUUCAGGAUUCUUUUCGGAUAAUGCUUUAUUUAUACAUCCUUCUCAUGAGAUAAUGUUAGAUACUGAAUUUGGAGUACCAACUCUAUUUAAGUUAUUACCUUUAGUGUUUACUAUUUCAUUAAGUGUAAUUGCUAUAGUGUUGUCUGAAUACUUAUCUACUAUACUAAUUUAUUUUAAAUUAUCUAGAGUAGGUUACAACAUUUUUAGUUUCUUUAAUCAACGUUUCUUAAUAGAACUAUUCUACAACAGAUACAUUACUGGUAUUAUACUAAAACUUGGUGGACAGACUACUAAAGUACUAGAUAAAGGAUCCGUAGAAUAUAUAGGACCUUAUGGAUUAGAAAAAGGAUUAUUGAAUAUAAGUAACAAUAUAGCUAAAUUAAGUACUGGUGUUAUUACAUCUUAUGCCUUAUAUAUUUUAAUAGGGUUAAUCCUUUAUCUUUUAUGUUACUCAUAUAUCAAUAGUUCUAUUGUUAUAUUAGCGCUAUGUGUAUCUUUAUCUUUAAUAUCUUUUAAAAGCAGUGUUGGUAAUAGGUAA